GAGAGCCUCACACACUCACACUCACCCUCACGGAGGAGAAGCCAUGGGGAAGACAGGUGGAAGGGGAGACUUUGAAUGGGUCUACAACGAUCAGCCGCACACGUCCAGGAGAAAAGAGAUACUGGCCAAAUAUCCAGAGAUCAAGUCCCUGAUGGGUCCGGACCCCCAGCUGAAGUGGGUAGUAUCAGGCAUGGUCCUAACCCAGCUCGUGGCCUGCUACCUGGUCCACACCCUGUCCUGGAAGUGGAUCUUCUUCUGGGCUUAUGCCUUCGGAGGCUGCAUCAACCACUCCCUGACUCUAGCCAUCCAUGACAUCUCUCACAAUGUGGCCUUCGGCAACAAGCUGGCCAAGUGGAACCGCUGGUUUGCCAUGUGGGCCAACCUGCCCAUCGGCCUGCCCUACUCCGCCGCCUUCAAGAAGUAUCACAUCGACCACCACCGCUAUCUGGGAGGCGACCAGCUGGACGUCGACAUCCCCACGGACUUAGAGGGAUGGUUCUUCUGCACCCCGGCCAGGAAGGUUGUGUGGCUCUUCCUCAAUCCGCUUUUUUACGCCCUGCGCCCGGUGUUGGUCAAUCCUAAACCAGUGGGUCUGCUGGAAAUCCAGAACGCGGUGGUGCAGCUCGUGACAGAUCUAAUCAUCUACUAUCUGUGGGGGCUGAAGCCCAUCGUUUACCUCAUUGCAGGAUCCAUCCUGGGUAUGGGACUGCAUCCAUUCUCUGGACAUUUCAUAGCUGAGCAUUACAUGUUCCUGAAGGGACACGAGACCUAUUCCUACUAUGGACCACUGAACAUGCUCACCUUCAAUGUGGGCUAUCACAUGGAGCACCAUGACUUCCCCAGCAUACCCGGCAGUAAACUACCUCAGGUCAAGAAAAUCGCAGCAGAGUAUUACGACUGCCUGCCUCAACACACUUCCUGGACCCGGGUAUUAUGGGACUUUGUGUUCGAUGACAGCAUCGGCCCCUAUGCCAGAAUCAAGCGGGACUACAAGCUGAGCAAACAGGGGUAGAGCUGUGACGGAAUAUGAAGUUCAAUCGUCCAAAAAAUAAAAGGACCGCAAUGAAAUUCUCUAGUUUAAAGCUUUUCCAUGUAGUGUGGCUGAGACUGUAUGUAUUCAUGUGAUCUGUUGGGCCUUCUCAUCUUAAAUUAGCCCUGUCUGUUACGAUAUGGAAACCAAUGUGCACAUAUCAGUUGCAUACAUACAGUUAUUGGAGAUCAGCACGUGCAGCCAGUGCUCUGUUAUUUAUUCAGACUUUUUAUUCCUGCAAUGCUGGCCCGUUGUCACGACAAUGUUUGUUCUUGUGUCCAGACGACACUGAGGAAGGCAAAAGGAAAAUAGAAUAACUGAAAAAAAUCUAAUUGUUUACCAACUUACAACAUACCUGUACUAGUAACACACAGAUGAAUUUCUUUCUUCAAAGUAAAGUUAUACAAAUACCAUUUAAAAAAUAACAGUUUGUGUGUUUGCAACUGAAGUAUUUCUCUUUGCGGUUGGUAAACAAUGUUAUUUGUUCAGUGUAAUAUAAUAUAUAAAAGGUAACCAUUUCUCAUUUCUGCCAAGGCAAAGGUUGUGUUUAUUCUCAAGCAGUUUUACGGAGCUGUCACUACCUCUGUCAGUUCCUCUCUGGCCCGGCAGCUUUACAUCAGGCCCCCUUCAAUAAUCCCCGCACGUGAGAUUUAAAACCAAAUCUAAUUUGCCGACCACGCAGAACGGUGCAGAGGUGGAAAGCGAGCGUUGAAACUUACCUUUCAGUAAGAAGAGCCUUUUCUCCAGUGACGCCCCUUUUUACUGUGAACGGUUUGAUUUCUAUCUACAUUAAAUUGAGAAAAAAUCUGAAACAACGUACGUUAUCAAAUCAAGUUGUCGAUGAGCUUUAAGUGUUUGUUUCGGAGACUGUCGCGGCUAAUGAAUGAACCGAAACAUGCAGAGGUUCUUCUUGUGUUCACUUGUGCACUUUCUAUAUUUCCAGUAAGUUCAUUGAAGACCACAUUAAAUUACUUUGGAGUGUUGCACUUUUUCUAAUGAUUUACCAGCAGCUGAGGCAGCAGCACCUCCUCAGACAGACUUAUUAAAGCUUGUUUUGUCCAUGUACUGUAUAAACUAUAUUGUCUGCGUGUUGUGAUUGAUAUCAUGAUUUGACGUUUCUAUUUAAAUGACUGUAAGAUAUAUAAAACAGUAAAAGAUCCUUAUAAGAA